CUCCCCCAACGGCAGUAUGGCCGCCGUCCUCGGCUGCUCACUCCCGCGGUCACAUGCGAGAUUAAAGGGUUUGCCGCUCCAACAUGUCCGCCGUGCUUCUGAAAGCCUCGCUGUGCAGAAUACCCCCGCGCGUGGCUCGAAACGCUUUCGCCUGCGCUUAUCACACCGAGAGGGGGGUGUACGGAUACCGGCCGAAGCGGACCGGCGGGGACUCGGAGCCGCUCCGCGAGCGCCUCUCCGCGCUCAACCAAGAUCAUGGGCUCGCUCGGCUGGUGGAGGCGUACCGAACACACGGACACAAAGCAGCGAAAAUUAACCCCUUACUGCCCGACAAGCCCGUGGCUGACACGGUCCCGGAGAUCAACAUGCUGACCGACAGCGUGACGGGGACACUCCAAACCUCCGGUCUGCGGCACUUUGGAAAGUCUCAGGCUUUAGCGGAGGAGGUGCGGGCCUACCUGGAGAAGGCGUACUGUGGUCCCAUGUCGGUGGAGACCGGCCAGCUGAGCAGCCUGGAGGAGAAGGAGUGGUUCUCAGAUCGCUUUGAGGAGCUCAAGAGCAUGACCUUUAGUCCAGAGGAGAGGCGGCAGCUGGCCAAGAUCAUGCUCGAGUCUCAGGAAUUUGACCACUUUUUGGCCACCAAGUUUGCCACUGUGAAGCGCUACGGAGGAGAAGGAGCAGAGAGCAUGAUGGGGUUUUUUCACGAACUUUUCCAGCAGGCAGCUAAAAGCGGAGUCACAGACGUUGUCCUGGGCAUGCCUCACAGAGGCCGACUCAACCUGCUGACAGGCCUGCUGAGGUUCCCGCCAGAGCUCAUGUUCAGAAAGAUGCGUGGCCUCAGCGAGUUUCCUGAGACCUCGCCGGCCAUCGGGGACGUCCUCUCCCAUCUCACCUCCUCGGUGGAGUUGGAUUUCGGAGCAGAGCGCCCGCUUCACGUUACCAUGCUACCCAACCCGUCUCAUCUGGAGGCCAUCAACCCCGUGGCUCAGGGGAAAACCAGAGCCAGGCAGCAGCUCAGAAAAGAAGGAGACUAUUCACCUGAAGACGACGCCCAGCCAGGAGACCAGGUCGUCUGUCUGCAGGUCCACGGUGAUGGGUCUUUUACGGGUCAGGGGAUUGUUCCGGAGACUCUUACCCUCUCGAACCUUCCUCACUAUAGAGUCGGAGGAAGCAUACACCUCAUAGUGAACAACCAAGUGGGUUAUACCACUCCAUCAGACAGGGGGAGGUCCUCUUUGUACUGCAGUGAUGUUGGAAAGAUGGUGAACUGUGCCGUGAUCCACGUCAACGGUGACCACGCAGAGGAGGUGCUGCGAGCCACUCGGCUGGCUGUGGACUACCAGCGGCGCUACAGGAAGGACGUCAUCCUGGACCUGAUCUGCUACCGUCAGUGGGGCCACAAUGAGCUGGAUGAGCCUUUCUUCACCAACCCGGCCAUGUACAAGAUCAUUCGAUCCCGGAAGAGCAUCCCCGACUCCUACUCAGAGCAGCUGAUUUCAGAGGGCCAGAUGUCCGAGGCCGAGCGAGACCAGAUCAAAUCCAGAUACUACGGCAUGCUCAACGACAAGCUGUCCAACAUGACCCUCUACAGCCCGCCGCCCACCAACCUACAGGGACGCUGGGGCGAUCUUGUGGAGCCACAAGCCAAAGUGACCACCUGGGACACGGGAGUCCCUGUUCCUCUGUUGCAGUUUGUCGGAGCCAAAUCUGUGGACAUUGCCGAGCACAUCCAGAUGCACAGCCACCUGGUGAAAACCCACGUGCAGGCUCGACUGCAAAAGCUAGAGGAAGGAACCAAGCUGGACUGGUCCACAGCGGAGGCGCUGGCUUUUGGAUCCCUUCUCUGCCAAGGUUUCAAUAUUCGGAUCAGUGGACAGGACGUUGGGAGAGGAACCUUCAGUCAGCGACAUGCAAUGGUUGUGUGCCAAGACACAAAUGACACGUACAUCCCCCUCAACCACAUCAGCCCCCAGCAGACGGGGUAUCUGGAGGUGUGCAACAGCCCACUGUCUGAGGAGGCGGUGUUGGGGUUCGAGUAUGGCAUGAGCAUUGCUCAGCCGAAGCUCCUGCCCAUCUGGGAGGCUCAGUUUGGAGACUUCUUCAAUGGAGCGCAGAUCAUCUUUGACACCUUCAUCUCAGGAGGUGAAGCCAAGUGGCUGCUGCAGUGUGGGAUGGUGAUUCUGCUGCCUCAUGGUUACGACGGAGCCGGACCCGAGCACUCGUCCUGUCGCAUGGAGCGCUUCCUCCAGCUGUGCGACAGCAAAGAGGAGGGUGUGGACAGCGACUGUGUGAACAUGGCUGUGGUGAACCCCACCACACCCGCUCAGUACUUCCACCUGCUGAGGAGACAGAUGAUCCGAAACUUCCGCAAACCCCUCAUCGUGGUGGGGCCCAAGACGCUGCUGCGAUUUUCUGGGGCAGUGUCCAGUCUGGCUGAAUUGGCACCAGGAACCUGCUUCAGACCCGUGCUGGGAGACUCUUCGGUUUCAGCUGACAGUGUCCAGAAGGUGGUGCUGUGCUCUGGAAAGCAUUACUACGCUCUGCUGAAGCAGAGAGACUCCUCUGCAGCCAACCAGAACACAGCGCUGAUCCGUGUGGAGGAGCUGUGUCCAUUUCCUUUGGAAGCUUUGCAACAGGAACUGAAAAAAUACACCAACGCCAAAGAGUUCAUUUGGAGUCAGGAGGAACCACAGAACAUGGGGCCCUGGUCUUUCGUGGCUCCGAGGUUUGAGAAGCAGCUGGCCUGCAAGCUGCGGUUAGUGAGUCGACCUGCUCUGCCUGCCCCCGCUGUUGGCAUCGGGACCCUCCAUCACCAGCAGACAGAGGCCAUCCUCAAUGCUACUUUUUCCUGAGACUGUCAGACCAACCAUCCAGAAAACUUUAAGCUCCUCCGUGUGUUUUUUUUUUUUUUUUCUGUGCUGCACAUGUUGCUGCACGGCAGCUACAAACCACAGUUACAUUCUGAGGAUGUUUUGGUUCUGAAACACAACCAACAGUGACAACCUCAUUAAAUAACAGCUGUCAUUUGGUUUGUCCUCUUGGAGCUAGAUUUUAGUUUGGCAUUAAUGUAUUUUAAAAAUCAAGGUCUUAGUUCCUGUUAGACAGUUUAGAAUUGUACAAUCAUUUGAAGGUACAGGCGCCUUAAUGGAGGCCUUAGAAACACGAUGUUUACAGCCUGGAAAAUGCAUUUGUGGCACUGGAGACCAUAACUGCAUGUGUGUUAGCUGUAAGACUGUGCUUUAAGAAACACUUUAAUGUGCUCCUGCAGUCCACAUAGUGUGACAAAAACAUCACAAGACAGGCUAAAGUUUUCAUAUCUGUGAUUGUUUACAGUGAAUGAAUGAAAAUGAACACUUUGUCUUAAAAAUUAAGACUUUUAACAGUUACAAUAGUAAAAUACUAGUGUAAUUUAAGAUGAUCAUAAUAAAUCUAUUUUCACGUUU